CUGAUGAGUGCAGGGUGUAGCUUGGGGUUAUCAUCAGGUGCCUGUUCAUCUCAACGCUGGCUUGGCUCGGCUCGGCUGAAGCUCUCAGCUAGAUAGCUAACUGGCUGGCUAGCUAGUCUGAGCUUAUAUGUACCUACAAACUGGCUCGACCUCUCCUUUUCUUCUCGCAGGAAGCAAACGUUCGGUUUCUGCCUCGGGUGCUGCUGCUGCUGCUGCUGCUGCGGCUUCUGCUUCUAGUCUAGUGUCUCUUAAUCUCCUGGGACUCACGGGGGGCGUCCGUCUACACUGUUCAAUUGAUAGACCCGUGGAGUCGCGGCUCGGCUCAGGAUUCAGAUCAGUCGACGAGCAAUCAGGGUCACAUCCGCUGUCGCCUUAAAGCUUUGUCAUCUGCUGCUGCUUCUCCUUUCCUCAGUUCACUACCAUCACCACCACCACCACCACCACCACCAGCGCCUCCUCCUUCCCUCCCUCCGUCCCUCCCUCCGCUGCUGCUUCGUGCUGAUCUGUGUGUCCUCGGUGGCUGACUUACUUACUGACUCACUCACUGUCACAUGGUUUUUUCUGGACGAGCCUCGUUUUACCUGGAGAUGGAGAUGUGAACGAGGGAUUGUGUAGCAGCAGCAAGCCGCAUGCUCAAUUGAGUCGUAACGGUUCGCCCGUCUGCGCUUCUCUCCUCUCUCCAGACCUAACACCCGGCGCCAAAUAAUUUCCCUUCCUUCUCUUUCUCUCUCCUUCUCUCUCUCUCUCUCCCUCUCUCGGUGCCUAUGAUUGGGCGUGCGUGGGGCUUGCUUACAGCAUACGUUCCAGGACAUGUAUUUCGUGCUCUGUGAAUCUUCCUCGGAAGCGCCUUUUGAUAUCUCGAUGCGCAAAAGAAUAUUGCCGUCCCGUCCCGUCGCAGUGAGUGAGUGCAUGUUUUUUUCCUUCACAUAGUUACCUACAGAUUCUCUCAUCACUCUAGUCGGAGGACAGAGGCAGCUGGAGAGAGAGCGAGAGAGCGAGCGAGCGCUUAAGCUCUCGCCCGAUUCAGCAGACGCAACUGCGAUCCGUGUUUCUGACUGCACUUGCGGCGGCUUCAGAGGAGGCCACAGUAUCAGCGAGAGUGUGUAAACGAAUUCCUCUCUAAGAUAAUCGCGACAGACACGAGUGUCGAGAAAGGCGAAGUCCUUGGAUUCCGAAACCUUUUGCGCUGCUUUGAGUACCCGUGCUUCCUACUCGUACUUCUCGAGAGCCGGCGACCCUUCGAGAGAGAGAGAGACCGAGACCGAGACCGAGCGCGAGAGAAAGAGAGCGACUCGCCACACAUUUUACUCGCCCGCCACACCAGUCCACCAGCUGAAAGUGAAGAGUAGAGAAGAGAAGGCAGGCCUGGUUGCCGAGUUGCUGCUGCUGUGGUCGAACUGCUUUGGACGAGACUACUACAGUAUCAGAGGGAAAUUCGAGCCGCGAGUGAAGUCUAUUUUAUGGUAUUUUCGUCAAAGGGACAAGAUUAGCUGGAAGGCCGGGACCGCACGCCAAGACUUGCAACUUUGUGACGUAGUGUCAUCGUCCUGUUCACUCGGAAUGUAUAUGCUGCUGCUGCUGCAUGGGCUCAUCAGCUCUCAGCACGCUGUUCUUUGAAGCCCGGAUCCCCAUUCCGGUCCGUCCAAAUUUCCUUAUAGCCUCAAGGCGCAAAAUGUAGAAGAGUCACUCCCUUGUUUUGCGAGCUCUCUCUCUCUCUCUCUCUCUCUGAGAGUCAGUCUUCUUCUCCUUCGUCAGCGAGAAUCUCAAGGUGCUUUGGCCCUCUCUCUCUCUCUCUCUCUUUCUCUCUCAUAGAGACAUAUAGUCGAGAGGUUCUCAGGUGUCAAUCAUUCGAGCUCGGCCUGCGCUUCAUUCGUCUCGUCAGUCGAUUCAGAACCCGAGCGAGCUGUUGUGCUUCUGGCAACGAUCCACGCAGUUCAGUCCACCAGAGGAGCAAGCGAGCGCUCUUGCAUCGGGGAUUCGUGUGCUGAAAUUCAGCGGUCUGGUUCGUUCGGGAAGGAAUGGGCUGGUUCUUGCUCCUGCCUGGCAACAAUAUGCGGGCUUGCGGUCGUCCAGGAGGUUCGUGAGAGCAGCAGCCGAGCUACAGAAAGGGAGGGAAGGAAGGGAGGAGGUUCUCGUUCCAGCAUCGAGUGCCGCGCGCGGUGGGAAUUUGCAGCAAUUGCCAGGAGGGCGGGCGGGCCAUGAAGUGCAAAGCACGACAAUAAAGCCCUCGCUGUUUCCGACAGUGGUGAGAGUGGUUACGAGCCAGGGAAGGAUCACAUUUCGGCCACAGUUUCAUCAUGCUGCUGCUGCUUCUUGAAUCGAGCCGUGAUUCUCUCGAAGCGGCGGCGGCCAAUUGUUAUUAGCCCAUGAACGAUAGUGCACACGAGCUCGUCGAGAGUCUGAGAUUUCGCCUGCUGCUGCUGCAACUGGAGCUAGAGAUUUCGUUCGAGGCGAAGCUCUCGCUACAAUCGAGAGCGAGGGAGGGAGAGAUAGGGAGAGCUGAGCUAGCGUAGGUCGAAAUCGAGGAGGUGAGAGGCGCAAUGCCUUCACAUUGUCGCUCUGGGCUGGGGAUGGGGCCGGUUCAUCUGCACCCAUUUUCGUUCGCGAGAUCAUCGAUGAUCCACCACAACAACUUCGACAUUCAUCGAGCUUAUCAGGUGGAUUCGUGUACAUCGACGUUUCAGCCCGUGAAGGACGACCCGUCGCCGGUGUUGGCGACGCCAUUGCUGCAGCAGCAGCAGCAGCAGGCGCAUGCGCAUGCGCAGCAGCAUUCGACGAGCAGCGGGGCGGUGCUGAACCCGGCCAAUGUGGAGGAGGUGGAUGUGGAGACCAUCCUGCAACUGGGAGAGCUGCAAGAUUGGACGUGGCCCGGGUCCGUGGAGGCGCACGAGGCAAAACCCUCGGAGCUGAGUCUGCCAUACCCGACGCAAUCAUUGAUCUCGAGCACCAUCAUCCACCCGGCUGCGCAUGCCGACAUGCACCACGACCAGAAGGGCAGUACGAGCACGAGCUCGCUCUUCGGGCCGCCCGCCGAGCCAUCGUCGCAGAGCUUCGAUCUGCAAUCGUGGUGCAGCGGCGUGCGCAGUGUCCAGUCGCCGCACAUCGCCAUCCCCAAGUUCCUGGCGAAUGGUGGCUUCUCGACCUCGGCCGAGCCCUCGCCCACCACCGAUACCAGCCCUCUCAGACUCGACGGCCGCGAGCGCUGCUCCCCCGCCACCACUCCCCAACACCCAGCGCAUCACCAGCAGCAGCACCAACAACAUCAACAUCAACAACAUCAACAGCAGCGCAGAUUCGCCUACAACUCCGAGCACACCGAGAAAGCCCUCUGCGUGCAGAAAAAAUGGCAAGGCAAGCGCGCCGUGAGCCAGCGCGAGUCCCACAUCUGGUCCGAGCGCCAACGGCGCAAGGGCAUGAACCACUUGUUCUCGACGCUCAGAUCGCUGCUGCCGCAGCCCACCUCCAAGACGGAUAAGUCGACGGUGGUGUCGGAGAUCAUCAAGUACAUUCAAGGGCUGCAGGUGAAGCUGGACGAGCUGCAGAAGAAGCGGGCGGAGAUUCUGCGGCGCAAGUCGAUGGACGUGACGAUGGUGGGCGGCUUGAACUCGCCGACGAGCGGCAUCGCCACGAGCGUGGGCGUGGGCGUGGCUGUGCCGCUGAGCCUGGUGGCCGCCGCCAACAACGAGUGCUGCCUGCAGUCGUUCGUGCUGCCGAAUGUGGCGCUGCACAUCAGCGGCAACAACGCCUUCAUCACCAUGAGCAGCCCCAAGAAGCGCGGCCUCUUCUGCCGCAUCCUGCUCAUCAUGCAGUCGCACAAGCUCGCCGUCCUCAACGCGCACAUCAGCACCAGCAAUGCCACUGUCUUCCACUGCCUGCACGUCAUGACUCCUGAACCUGGCUGCGACUUUCCGAAGGAAGCUCUGCAAACAGCGUUGCAGAAUUUGACGCUUCCCGACUCUGCGCUAUAGAGAGAAACUCGGACACACGAGCGCAAGAAGUAGUGUUAGAAGUAGUUCAAUGUUCAAAGCGAUAGGACGAGGACGAGGAGUGGACAUUGGGAAAUCGAUCACUGACUGACCGAAUGCAUCCAAGAGCGGUUGGAGUAGACACAGGAAACUGGAUUUCGACCCUGUGAUUGAAGAACAAGUAGUUUUAGAUAGUUGUAAAAAUAGGACUUGAAUCUUCUCAUAGGAGCAUGAAUCUGCGGGAAAUGCCGGAUGUAGACGAAGGCUGAUCCCCACUACAGGCAUUUGUAGAUGCUAUGCAGGCAAUGCAAUGCAGUGUAACGCGUUGCAUCUACGCACGUGAUCAAGCUCACCGACCC